AUGAGGCCUUAUAUACCACUCUUGAACUGUCGAUAUCAUGCACGUAAGAACCCUCUAGUUCACAAUAAUACCCAUAGAAACCUUUGCGAUACGGAUAUUCUGUCAAAAUCCGACCCAUGUAAUUUGAAAUUAUUUACUUUUAACUAUAGCUUAGUGGUUGUUUCUUUCACGGACAACUCUUGGCGGGAGCUGGAUCGUACAGAAGUUAUCCAAAACACUCUCAACCCGGACUUUGUCAAGAAAAUCGUUAUGGAAUAUCAUUUUGAAGAACAACAGCGGCUUAAUUUCGCCGUGUACGAUGUAGAUUGCAGCUCUGAUUGUCUGAGCAAACAUGAUUUCCUUGGUAAUUGUGAAGCAACUCUCGGUGAAAUUGCAUCAUCGGGGAAAAUAAAAAAUGUGGAUCAAUCCUUAGAUGAGUUGAUACUCGAUUUUUCUGGAAGAUCCCUCGACAAGAAAGAUAUUUUUGGCACAUCUGAUCCAUUUCUGGCAUUCUAUCGGAUAAACGAAGAUGAACUGUCGGCGAAAUUCAGGUGGUUAAUGGAAACAGUUCGACGAAAAGCAAAUUCUUUACUUUUAAGCGCCGUCAGAAUUCAGCUGAUGAAGUGCUAG